CCAAAAUUCAGAAAACCCUAAUUCCCCCCUCUCCCUCUCCAUUUAUAAAUACCCCUUUCAUCCCAUUCCAUUCAGAUCUCUUCACCAAAACCCCCAAUUUCAUUCCAUUUUCCAUUCAAUCUAUACCAAAACCUGUAUAUAUACAUACAUAUAUCAUACCCUAGGUUUUCUUUACAAAUUUUUAGGAUGAACAGAUCUGUAGUUUCGUACGUGAAUUGGCAACAAGUUUGUUCUACAAACAACAGAGGAAGAAAAGAGAUUCGGUUUUAUUUAAAACGGCCGUCUGGAACUUACGAUUUGGCAGUUAUCGGUAAACAGAAGAAAUUAGGGCACCGUUUGAAUACGCCUUCGUCUUCUGAGUAUCGGUUUCGAUACGCGAAUCGUGAUGAAUUGAUGCUUUCGUCGUUGAAUUUGCCUUCCAAGCUCAGAUCUCGGCGAGAGGUUAUUGAUUGGUUAAACUCCGUGGUUGUUUCAGAUGGCUCUUUUCCUCUGCCACAUCAACCCAUGAAUGGUAAUUUAAGCUCAGGACUUACCUUGAGGUUGAAGUCAGGAAACGUUAAGGGUAUUCAUUUGCGUAAGACGGGCCAGCAUACUACAGAGUCUGUGUGGGUCGGUUCCGCUUGGACUUGCAAGAAAAAGUGGAAGCAUUUUGGAGCUUAUACCCGUAGCGGCGUCAAAAUCUCGGUUCAUGAUUUUGUAUACGUACUAGCAGAAGAAAGCAAACGUCUUGUUGCUUACAUAAACGACUUGUACGAGGAUCCAAGAGGAAACAAAACCGCAGUGGUACAGUGGUUUCACAAAAUCGAUGAACUUGGUCUUGAUUCACCUUGUAUAUAUCAUAACAACAAAGAAAUUUUCUUUUCACUUUGUCUUCAAGAUCUUAGCAUCGAGUGCAUCGAUGGACUAGCUACCGUUCUCAGUCCUCAACACUACGAUAAUUUCCUCAAAUCAAAUACCGCUCACACAAUCUCGGACCGUCCUUUCGUAUGCCAAAAGCAAUAUGAAAACGAAGUGGUCAGCCCCUUGGAUGUUACUCAAGUCAAAGGAUACUGGAACCAGAACAUACUUAGAUUAUUGUGUACCGAUGAUAUUAACGUCAGACCCAAGAAGAGAUUUAGGAAGUUGGUUGAUGAUGAAUAUUCUAUAGGUUCUGAAAUCGAAGUGCUGUCGCAAGAUAGCGGGAUUAGAGGCGUUUGGUUUAAAGCGGUUGUUAUUAAAAAGCAUAAAGAUAAGCUUAAAGUUCGGUAUCAAGAUAUCAAAGACGCAGCUGAUGAAUCCGUCAAUCUUGAGGAAUGGAUUUUGUCAUCCAGAGUUGCGGUUAUCAACGAACUGGGAAUCCGCCAUGAUGGCAGGAUGACGAUUAGACCAACCCGAUCAGCCGAUAAGAUCGACGUUUGCUCAAUUGACGUCGGUUGCGUUGUUGACGCAUGGUUGCAUGAUGGUUGGUGGGAAGGAAUCGUGGUUCAUAAAGAAUCCGAUGAUAGAAUUCACGUUUAUUUUCCAGGGGAAAAGAAUAGAUCGAUUUUUGGAUGCAAGGAUUUGAGAUAUUCUCAAGAAUGGUUAGGAGACGGUUGGAAGAAAAUGGAAGACCGGCCCGAUGUUCUUCGCUUAAUAUCUUGUCCAACGGAAACUAACUCGGAAACUACCAAAUCUAAUGAUAAUGUAUCCGGUCUAAGUUCAGAAGAAGAUAGAGGUUUUGCGGUGGAUUUGCUUGCUAAUUUGAAUUGGAAUUGGUCAACCAAGAAACGCCACUCGAGGAGUAUAUGCAGAGAUAAAAGUUUAGUAGCAGUUGGAACGAGAAAACGUGACAGCUUCCCGAUAACCAUUUCUGUCAAAUCUGGCUGCAAGUUGACGUGUGCUCGAGUUGCUUCACCGUUAACAGGCUUAGUUAUGUGAAAUUAUGUACAAUUUGUUAGUUGGGUAGCCGGAUUUGUGACGAUAGUUUUUUUAGCGUUUGAUGAGGUGGUAGAAGGUGACAGGUUUGAGCACUUAGAUUAAGAUUAACCUAGUAUGACCUAGAUACUAGAUUUCUUUACAAGUAGUUUUUUAGCAUGUUUUUGUUUUGUGUACAUCAUGGUUUUAGUUUGUACUGAAUAAUAAUGGCUUUCAAUGCAAAUUGAGGUCUUUUACAACGGUUGGCUAAAA